CGGGCACUGGAGAAGCUUGUAGCGUAGGGAUACAGUUAGAUUAUCCUGAUCCGUAGGGGGACGGUUACGGGGCUAUCCUGUAUUGUAGGGUCAUGUUUAUGAGUUAUCCUGUCCCGUAGCAAUACGUUUAUAGGUUAUCCUGUCCCGUAGGGAUACGUUUAUGGGUUAUCCUGUCCCGUAGGGAUACGUUAAUGGGUUAUCCUGUCCCGUAGGGAUACGUUUAUGGGAUAUCCUGUCCCGUAGUGAUAUGUUUAUGGGUUAUCCUGUCCCGUAGGGAUACGUUUAUGGGGUUAUCCUGUCCGAUCAGGGGACAGCUAUGGGAGUAUCCUUACCUUCUGUCUAUUUCAGGCUCUUCACAAGUUUCACACUUCAUACCCCCUCUCUCUUUCAAUCACUCCCUCUCUCCCCUCCCCCUCCUUUCCUUUCUCCUCUUCUAUUCCCUCCACUACCCUGAGUUCCUCUGCCUUCUUCUCCCAACCAUUCCCCUCCCCCUAACCCAACCCCUCUCCCUCUCCUCCCUGACUCCCCCCUCCCCUCCUCUCAUCCCACCCCUCCCCCUCUCCUCCCUCCCUCUCACGCCCCUCCUGCCAUCACUCACCCACAUCACAAACAACACUCGCCAGUCUGGCCCGGGUCACAAUGCCUCCUUUCAGUGAGGGCCUUGACGAGGGGCAGGGGAACAGCAGACAUUGCCUGGACCCUGACAGAAAGAGGGAGAGAAGCUAAAGCCCACGACUGAGAGAGGGAGCAACGGCAGGAAGAGUGAGAGGCCGUUGAGACCGUGAGUGAGAGAGCAGGAGUGAAGAAGGAGAGAGAGAGCACCUCAAGAGUGUGACAGAGGAGGAGGAGGGAGGAGGAGAAGCCUCCACAGGGCUCUAACUCCCUCCUCCCAAUGGCUACAUUGCUGUCGUGGAGAAACGUAGCGCUGGACGAGGCAGAGAACCCCUGUACGAGGGAGUCAGGGGAAGGAGAAUGCUGCGAGUACCUUAGGCAGAUCCUCCUGGGUUCCUUUGGCACUGUUAUCCUCGUGAUCAUCAUCACCACCACCAUUCUCAUGGUUUAUUCCAAGUUCCAGAUGACAGCCAUUGGUUUCAAACGCAAGAUGGUUCAGAGAAAACGUAGGGGAUCCCCAGAGCUGGAGUUCUCACACCUUAUGGGAGCCGCAGCAGGCGAGCCUGCGCCAGCCCCUCCUUCGCAGACCCACUGCCUCUCCCCCUGCCCCUCACCUUUGCCCCAGGUGUGCCUUGGCCUGAGCGGAGGAGAUCCACCGAGGGAGACGCCCACCCCAACACCCUCCCUCGCCAACCCCGAGGAGGCAGAGCCCAGGAAGGGGCCGCGAGGUGACUCUCGCUCCCGCCCCCGCCCCCACACUCGCCUCUGGAACCCUCCCUCUCAGGGGCAGCCUGCCCCUCCCUGUGGCUCCCUGAGCCCUCCCACCUCCCUCACCAGCGUGGUCUACAAUGGAGAUGGCGACGAGAAGGAGAUGGAGACACGCCCACCCUCCCCCACCCCCUCUCCUCCUCGCUAUCUUCGGGAUUCCCACUCCUCCCGUCCGUCCCCAUCCCUCCGCUCUCGUGCCACCCCCUCCCUCAUCUCUUCCCAACCCUCCCUCUUCCUCGUCUCUACCCGAGCCGCACCCAGCCUCAUCUCCCGCCCUUCCUACUCCCUCGUCUCCACCCGCCCCACCCCCUCCCUCAUCUCCCAGCCCCUCUCCCUCGCCUCGUCCAUCCCCUCCCAAUCCUUCAUCUCCUCACCCUCUGCCUCCCACUCUCCUUCAUCCUCCCCUUCCCCCUGCCCCUCCAUUGUCCAGCAGGAUUCCCACCCUCCGACCUCUGAGGGUGAGGAGGAAGAGAGUGAGCAGGAAAGGGUAGGUGAGGAAAACACUCCUCCACCCACCAUCCACCUCGUCCCCAACCCUCGCCUCCAUCGGGCUGUCCAUCCCCAUGAGGGAGCCAGCCGGCUGCCCCUCCCCUCCCCCUCCUCCUCAGCCUCACCCCCAUGCCCUGCCACUCUCCCCUCGGGAUCCCACCCUCCCACCUCUGAGGGAGAGGACGGGGAGGAUUCACCCUCACCCCACUCUCACCCUCACCCUCACCCUCACCCUCAUCAUCCGGGUGAGGAAGGAGGUCGGCUCUGGGCCGCUGGUUGUGUCCAGCGGGUGCUCUCUCACUCUGAGGGGAUGCCUCCCCGCGGUCACCUCCCCGUCACCUCCCCCCACUCCCCCCUGAGGGGUGGGGACGAACACGGGCCAGUGUACCGCCGGGGUCCCGUUGCCCACCGCCAGCUGCGGCCCCAACCCUGGGAACCCACUCCAUCCUCUCCUCCACCUCCUUCCUGCCCCCCUCGCCCCCGCCCUUCUCUCAGGCCAAGGGCCCACGACCAGGAGCCGGGGGUGAGUGUCCCUUCCCACCGGGACAUCCCACGGGGGCCUGUGGAUGACGCCAGGAACUGGGGGUCUCGGUUCCGUCAGGGGAGGGGUGAACAAUAGCCCCCUCCCCCCCACAACACAUCCGAGGCAUUCGAGGCAUGACAAGGAAGAGAGAGGGAUCCUAGACAUCCUUCCUACCGCUGACUCCACCAGCAGACUCUUCCCUCGGCCUGGACUCCGACCUUCUGGGUGGACUAGAUGCAGGGAUCGAGCUCCUUAA